CCCUUCACCUGUGUCGCUCUCCGUUUCGCCCUCAGCUUCUUCUUCUUCUUCUUCUUCCCCUCCUUCACCGAAUCGUAGCUCAACAUGAAGAAUCUGAAGCUGUACUCAGAGGUCACUCUGCAUCUCGGCCUCCGGUCCGAGGAAGAAGCGAUCCUGUUCUCCGCCAUCGACAUCGAGCGCGACCGGUUGUUCUUCGCUUCCUCGGGGAAUCGCAUCUACACCGCUCACCUCUCUUCGUUUCAGAAUGACGAAGCAUGGACAAGUACCUCUCUACCGGCAGAAGUCAAUAUUAUUGAUUUGGAGCCAGGGGACCGCAUUACUUCCUUUGAUUAUCUAAUGGAGAAAGAAGCUCUGAUAUUGGGUACAUUGAAUGGAUUAAUCAUUCUACAUAGUGUGGACGCAAGCACAACGGACGUUGUGGGUAGAGUGGACGGUGGUGUCUCUUGCAUUUCACCCAGUCCGGACGGAGAUCUGCUUGGAAUAGUCACUGGUUUUGGGCAGCUACUAGUGAUGACGCAUGAUUGGGAUUUAUUGCAUGAAACUUCGUUGGAGGAUUCUCCUGAAGGGGUUGACGUACUUGAACACACCAUUUCCUCUGGACAAAUGCUUGAAAGUUCAAUCUGUUGGCGAGGUGAUGGGAAGUACUUUGCAACACUGAGCGAGUCCUGCAAUUCUCCUUCUCCUCCUUCUUCUCAUAAGAGGCUUAAGGUUUGGGAACGAGACUCGGGGUCAGCACAUGCUGCUUCUGAUAUGAAGGCCUUCAUUGGAAGUGUCAUGGAUUGGAUGCCUAGUGGGGCUAAAAUUGCUGCUGUUUAUGACAGGAAGAAGGACAAUGAGUGUCCACUGUUAGUUUUGUUCGAAAGAAAUGGAUUGGAGAGGAGCUCAUUUAGUAUUGAUGAUCGGAUGGAUGCGACAGUAGUGAUGUUGAAGUGGAAUUGCAAUUCAGACCUCCUUGUCACCGUUGUUAGAUGUGAAAACUAUGACUCUGUUAGGAUCUGGUACUGCUGCAACAACCAUUGGUAUUUAAAACAAGAAAUUAGAUACCCGAGCCAAGAAGGAUUGAAGUUCAUGUGGCAUCCAACAAAACCGUUGCAGUUGAUAUGCUGGACUCUGAGUGGCAGGAGCACUACUUACAACUUUUGCUGGAAUACAGCUGUCACAGAGAACUCGACAGCAUUUGUUGUGGAUGGAUCUAGGAUACAUGUAACCCCUCUUUGUAUAUCUCUUUUGCCACCUCCAAUGUACUUAUUCGGCAUUAAAUUUCCAUCCGCAGUUCGGGAUGUUGCUGUUCAAUUCAAAAGUUCAAGAAACUUGUUAGCUGUUGGUUUGUCGAAUGGUUGUUUGUGUAUUCUAGAGCUUCCGCAAAUCGAUGCUUGGGAAGAACUAGAGGGCAAGGAAUACAGUGCUGAAUCAUGUUUAUCUGAAACAUUAUUUGGAUCCUUACUACAUCUUAUCUGGUUGGAUUCACACACUCUCCUCAGCGUGUCUCAUUAUGGUGUCAGUCAUGGUAAGUGUCAUGGUCAAAAUGGGCUCUCUGGUUACCAUCUGGAAGAAAUUGAGCUUGCUUGUUCUGAAGAUCAUGUCCCGAGCUUAAUGACAUGUUCAGGCUGGCAUGCAAAAAUUAUUCAUGGAAUUCCUUUACAAAGACCAGUUAUUUCCAUUGCUUCAGAUCCUGCCAAGCAGUCUUCGGCAGUCAUCCAGUUUGAUGGUGGAAAUAUGUUUAAAUACACAUCGAAAACAUGUGUACAAGGAGGAGCUAUGAAACGGUGUGAUUUUAACUUUUUGUCAUCUUGCCCAUGGAUGAGUCUUGUUCCUAUUGGUGGCUGUUCUUCAGAAUCUUUGCUUUUUGGACUUGAUGACAUGGGAAGGCUACAAGUUAGCGGGAAGAUUUUGUGCAAUAACUGCAGCAGUUUCUCAUUUUACUCAAAUCGUGGGGACCAAGUGAUCACACACUUGAUUUUUGCUACCAAACAAGAUCUGCUUUUUAUUGUUGAUACUAGCGAUGUAUUACAUGGAGAUGUGGAGUCAAAGUAUGACAAUUUUCUUCGUGCUGGUAACAAGAGACGGGAUGAAGAAAACAGGAAAUACAUAAAUAUAUGGGAGAGAGGAGCCAAGAUUAUCGGUGUCUUGCAUGGAGAUGAAGCUGCAGUUUUACUACAGACAACUCGAGGAAAUCUCGAAUGUAUUUACCCUAGAAAGUUGGUUUUAGCUUCUAUUGUCAAUGCAUUGGCUGAGCAGCGUUUUAGAGAUGCACUGUAUAUGGUGAGGCGGCAUAGAAUAGACUUCAAUGUUAUCAUUGACCACUGUGGCUGGCAAACAUUUGUCCAAUAUGCUCCAGAAUUUGUCAAGCAGGUCAACAAUUUGAAUCACUUAACUGAGUUCAUUUGUGCCAUAAAGAAAGAAAAUGUUACAGAGAGGCUAUACAAGAAUUAUGUAGCUUUACCUUACACAAACGAGACCAAAAAUGAGGGGGCCAGAGAACUGAAGGGCUUUGAUCCCGAUAACAAGGUCUUUUCAGUCUUUCUUGCGAUAAGAACUGCUAUUCAAGGAAAACUACCCGAAAGUCCUGCACGGGAGCUUUGCAUAUUGACCACUUUAGCACGAAGUGAUCCUCCUGCUCUUGAGGAAGCUCUUGAGAGAGUAAAAGUCAUUCGUGAGUUGGAAUUGUCAGGUUCUGAUGACCCAAGAAGAAUAUCUUUACCUUCAGCUGAAGAAGCUUUAAAGCAUCUGCUCUGGUUAUCAGAUUCUGAGGCAGUUUUUGAAGCUGCUCUGGGACUUUAUGAUCUAAAUCUUGCUGCCAUGGUGGCGCUGAACUCCCAGAAAGAUCCCAAGGAAUUUCUUCCUUUCCUUCAAGAACUGCAACGCAUGCCUGCUGUCUUAAUGCAUUAUACUAUUGACCUUAAGUUGAAGAGGUAUGAGAAUGCUCUUAAGCACAUUGCUUCGGCUGGAGAUGCUCAUUAUAUUGAUUUUAUGAACCUUAUAAAGAAAAAUCCUCAGCUUUUCCCUUUGGGACUGCAACUGACUACUGAUCCUAAUAAGAGGAAUCAAGUGCUUGAGGCCUGGGGUGAUCAUCUCAAUGAUUUGAAAUGUUUCGAGCAUGCUGCAACCACUUAUUUAUGCUGUUCCAACUUAGAAAAGGCUUUGAAGGCUUACCGCUCAUCUGGUAGUUGGUCUGGUGUGCUUGCAGUUGCUGGUCUUUUAAAAUUGGGAAAAGAUGAGACUGUGCAACUGGCUCAUGAGCUCUGUGAAGAACUCCAAGCAAUAGGGAAACCGGGUGAAGCUGCGAAAAUCGCUUUGGAGUAUUGUGCAGAUGUGAAAUCUGGGGUGGGUUUAUUAAUUACUGCAAGGGAGUGGGAGGACGCUUUAAGGAUCUCUUUUUUGCACAGGAGAGAGGAUUUAAUCUCUGAAAUCAGGAAUGCAUCUCUUGAAUGUGGGGGCUCACUCAUAAGUGAGUAUGAAGAAGGCUUGGAAAAAGUUGGGAAGUAUUUAACCCGAUACUUGGCUGUUCGGCAGAGAAGAUUACUUCUUGCAGCAAAACUCCAGUCAGAUGAACGAUCAAUGGCCGAUCUUGACGAUGAUACCGCUUCCGAAGCUAGCAGUAACUUCAGUGGAAUGAGUGCUUACACCAGAGGGACAAGGACAGGCUCCACUGCUUCCAUCGUCAGCUCUUCUGCUGGUACCAAAGCAAGAGAAUCAAGGCGACAGAGAAACAGAGGGAAGAUUCGACCUGGAAGCCCUGGCGAGGAAAUGGCCCUGGUAGAGCAUCUGAAGGGCAUGUCUUUAACCAAUGGAGCUAUGCGUGAGCUGCGGUCUCUGCUAAUUUGCCUGGUGAUGCUAGGCGAGCAAGAAAUUGCUAGGAAGUUGCAACGCACAGGAGAAAAUUUUCAAUUGUCCCAAAUAGCUGCAGUCAAACUAGCUGAAGGUACAAUGUCCACUGAUGUCAUGGAUGAGAGAGAGCAAACUUUGGACCGUUACUUCCAUAAAGCAAGGGUUGAAUUGCAAGAUUCAGAGGCUCUAUCCUGGCGUUGCAAGGUCUUCGUCUCUCCUUGAAAGAUGCUUGUUUAGAGCAUGCUUACCUUGUAUUACAACGGGUAGAUUGUUUAAACAGGAUAGUUGAGUUCAAUCCGGAAAUGCGCACCACCAAAUUUAUUCUUCUUUGUGAAUUUGGCUGUUUCCCACCACCAUAGAAAUCUGUUGUUUUCUAGGGGUAAUGCAGUCUCGCCAGUAAAUAAGCUGUAAAAGCAGUUAUUUA